AUGAAGAAAAUGGAUGGAGAAGACUAUAAGGAAAGUACAAUAAAAACAAUGUGGAAUCAGACUGCCAAAUUACUUCAAGAAAAGUAUUUGAACGAUUUCGACAUCAAAAUCAACCCAUUUUCGGAUGCUGCAUUCAAGACCGCUCGAGGAGCUCGUGAUGCCAAGCGUAAGGCUUUACAAUCUAUUCCGGAAAAACGGAGGGCAAGUGCAGCAGCGUUGGAGGAAAAAGAUUGGGAUACAAUGACCACUGUUUGGGACGAGGAAACUCCUGAUGGCCUCCAGAAAAAAUUAUUCAUGAUAAUAUCAGUGGAAUUGGCUUGGAGAGGUGGUGAGGGCAGCAUGGCGUCAAUACAUCACUUCAAGGCAGAACAGCGAAAUGACGGGGAAACAACUGGGAGAAUUGAAUACAAUCCAAUUUUCAGCAAGACCACACAAGUGAGACUGUUCCAGAAAUUGAGAGAGAAGAGAGAUGCCAAUAUCAAGAGCGACAGACUAUUCCUGACCCAAAAUCCAUUCUGGAAUAAAGUUCCAGGCGCUAGGUGGUACAAGGAUUCCCCAGUAGGCCAAAACACGAUUUCAAAGUGGGUUAAGGAGUCAGCACAAAAAGCUGGGCUUGACCUUGGUAACAAAAAAAUCACCAAUCACUCCAGUCGUGCAACAGCCGUCUCGAAUCUAGCGAAAUCGGGCCUGGGAGAGCAGCAGAUAAUCAAAAUAACUGGACAUGCCAACAGUAACUCCAUCAAGCCGUAUCUCCAACUCGACCAGGAACACCACGAAUUAAUUGUCAAGAAACUGCGAAGGAGUGAGCCUACUGCAGAAAAUGCCAUCAACAGCAUAAACCUCAUGCCAUCUACCUCUUCUGGGACCAUUACCGAUAACUCUGACUUGAAGAAAACAUGCACCAAUGUUUACAACAAUUGUAUUUUUAAUUGCACUAUCCUGAAUCUUAAUUAA